CGUGUUUCAACCCCAACUGCCACCUGAACGAUGUCGGCGCAGCCUCCUGACGAUCAACACGUCCUGGCGUGGAUAAGGGAAAACCUUCCGAGGCUAGAUCCAAGCAUUCAGCAAUCCAUACACACAAGCCUAAAUAGUGGUGCGCCUCCCACACAGGUGCUGCAGUGGUUGCAAUCUCGACGACAGCCGAAAGCGCCUGAACACAAUUCCGGACAGCAUAUGCAACAACAGCAGCCUCAGUUGCCGCCUCAAGCUCAAGUCCCGGGCCAGCCCUCCUACAAUGCAGAAUCGGACUCGGCCACCCACCAAGUGGUCGCCCUGAGUGCUGCACCCCGGAAGCGUGGAUUGGUUCCAUCAAGUCAGCCACCUUACACUAGUAAUUCCGGCCCCCCCAGACAGGGGACCCCAUCCGGACCGCUUCAGCAACAACCAGCUUCAUUUCACCCUCCAUCGCAGCCUCAACAACCCGCUCCCCACAUGCAUCACCGAUCAAAUCCUGCUAGACAGCAAUUCCUCAAAACACUCAGCGAUGUGAUGAUGUCGAGUGGUCAUCCACUUCCACCGUCGCUCACUGGUAUUGAUAACCCCGCCUUCGACUCCAGCAAAUCACGAUUCAAUGCCAUGGACAUUCCCGGUGAGGGUUGCAUUCGUCUGGCGGGAAAAACUGUAGAUCUUCACGAGCUGUUCCUGAAUGUUGUACAACGCUUCGGGGGAUAUACCAAAAUUACACAAUUACACCAAUGGCCUGCAUUGGCAGCGCAGCUUGGCCUCCCUGAAUAUACAAGCCCACCGAACAAUGCGAACCCCAUCCCCGUCGCUAAUCUCCUCCAAAACUACUACCACGUUGUGCUCGGGCUGCUCGAAGAUUGGUACCUGAAGCAGCAACAACAAAAAGCCGCCAUGCGUCAUCAGCAACAACAACAACCAUCUCCGGAGCAACCAAUGGAUCCGGCGGCUGGGGCAAGUAAGGUGAAUGCACAAGGUCCGUCAGGGGGGAUAAUGCAUGGUCAGCAGCCAGGAGGUGUGCGCGUGCCCGCAGGUGUUUCCGGUGAUAGCGUCGGAGUUGUUGAAGGUCCGGAGGCAACAGCACAAAAGCGCAGAAUUGUGCCAGAAGCGCCACUCGAGAAGCAGCCACGGUUGGAAGCCCACGACGGCAACCAUCCGGGCUCUUCAAGAGUUAGACGACCUCGUUCCCCAGCGGUGAUGCCCACGGAAGCGCUCAAGGAUAUCCUCCCAGACGAUCCUCUUCCGUCUGCAGGCCAACGGCGAUUCAAGAUCGAGUAUGUACCUGUUUCGCGGCCUCUAGAUACGGUUGGCGGUCGUCGCCCCGAAGCGAUCGAAGAGCGACUCGCUCUUCUACAGCAGCGUCGAGUGGUACGCCAUCAUGACGAACUUGGCAUGAUCGAUUUAGAGAGUGUGGUCAUGUCAUUACGUUCCGGCCUGGGAAAUGAGGUGUCAUCUGCAUUAAUGACGUUAACGAUGCUCUCUACGUUGCAAAUUAGCAAAGGAGGCUUUCAACUCGAGAGAUGCCCCGAACUCCUCGACUCUCUCAUCGAUUUGUUGGAGGAGGAAGCUUUUGAUGGCGAAGAAGAGGACGAUCAACCAUUGUCAACUCAUCCACCUAAAAUCUGGUCACGAUGGGACAUUGUUCGUCAAAUUGAGGGAGGGCCGUCCGUCUCUUUGGCGCCUGCACCGCGAACGCGCGAUGAGCCAGGGCAGAAACCCGUUACGGUUAUCAUUGCAAUUCUUAAUCUCCUGCGCAACUUAUCUCUGAUUGGAUCCAAUGCUUCAUUCAUGACCAAGGAUCCCAGGCUGGUGGAUACCCUCGCGAGAUUAACGGAAGUUGUUGAAGAUAGACACGGAUCACUCCGACCGUCCUCUAAUUCGUUAGAGUUAGUCGAUAUACUUCGGAUACAUUCGGAGGUCCAGCAGAUCCUUUCCAUCCUCGUGGCUGCCUUGGAUCUCAACAUUCACCAGACCCGUGCCAUUCGCCGUAUUUUCUCGUUGAUUCUCUCUCCCCUUGCCGAUUAUGAUCAACUCCCUCGUCCUGCCCACGGCGGCAUCCAGGACCGCACUCUUCCCCCUGCUUCAAUUGAGUGCACUCUUGAUGUCUUCUCUCGCCUUGUGCAGGAAGAUCAGAAUAGGAAGGUGCUCGUAAGGCACAUUGAUCACGGGUCCCUCAUCCAUCUUUUCGGAGCGUUCCUGCGCUUAUUGCCGUUCACAGAUAAUGACCUGAGCGUGACAGUGGGCUCAAACGCGGUGUUAGAACCCUGGAUGGGGUACCUGGAGCGAAUUAUGCUUUGCAUUUACACGGUCAUCUUCCUCGCCCCGCCUUCUCUGAAAAUUCAAUUGCGGAAGAUUCCUGGUGUGACUUUCAUAUUCCUGCGGGUCAUACGUUUCUACUUGGGGGGUAUACGCUACGCAGACCGCGCGCCGUUUGCUUCGCUGCAGUACGAUAAGAAUGCGUAUGCAAUCUUGGCACGACGGGCGUUUGAGUGUUUAAAGUUACUGGACGCUGUGGAAGACUCGUUCGAGCCGAUUCUGGCAACUCCAUUAGCUUUCGCACCACCUUCCAUUACAACCGGGUCAGCUGCCCCUAGCAUGGGAGCGCCUAAAAAGGAACCUCGCGGCCUACUUAGUGGACACUGUACCGAAAUGGUGAACUCGUUUAUGGCAAGGGAGGGUAUGGAGGAGGUUGUCUUUGCAGAGUUGGAGACGAUGGUUCGACUGCAGGAAGUGCGGUGACAGGGAGAUGUGUUUCUUUCCCUUAGUAACGUAUGAAUGGUGUUUUUCCCUUGACUGUAUUUUUUCCUUCGAUUUUCUGCUUACUAAUGUGUCGCACAUGCUAGUGGCCAUGAUACAUUGUUACGAUAAGAUUGGAGUUAUGGGUAGGGCUAGUUGAAGAGGUGUGAAAAGCUAGUCAAAUGACAUUUUGUCCGUUGCCCACAACAAAAUUGGAUUUUGCUGUGGCUCUCCUGACCCAAUUUGGAUUGUGCGACUAAUAAUCCCCCACCCGAACUCGAAACCGUUUACUGGGUAGUAAGA